UUCUCACACUAAAAUGUGCAUCGAAUUCCCAAAACCCACCUUUCCACUAAUCACUUUUUUCUGAACCUUCUUCUCUUCACUCUCUCUCUCUUUCUCUCUCAUCAAAGCCUUGGGUUCUAGGCUGGUACAUGGAUAUUGAACCCUUUCUUGGCUCUUGGGGGUGGUUUCUUCUUUCAAAUUGCAUGGCUGAAUCCAAAAACUCUCCAUCAUCAUCAUCACAAACCUUCGUUUUCUCAAAAUCAUCACACUGUUACUUUUUGUUUCAAUUCCUUGCUUUUCUCUUCAUUUUCCUCUUACUCUUCAAUUUCUCCCAUGUACCCACAAAAUCAUUACCAUCAGAAUCAACUAUAUCUUCUUCUUAUACAAGCUUGCACCCUCAACCUCAGAAAACCCAUCAUCCUCAUAAUCAUAUCUCACAUACUUCUUCUAAAGAUGCUGGUAGUAGAGAAUUCGGAGCUGAUGAACAUGAAGUUCCAAGUGGUCCAAACCCUAUUCAAAACCGGUAAGUAGCAUAGAGAGGGAAUAACUGAAUUAAAGAUGGCACGGGAAUUUGUAGCGGCAGAUUUAUGUAACUGUCAUCUUUAAUAUUAUUACUAUUAUUAUUAGAUCAAAAACAUUAAUAUUGUUUGUUCUAAGUUGAGAGGUUUGUUAUUAUCAUCAUCACUGUUAAUUAUUAAAACAAUUAUAUAUAUUAUAUAUUUAUAAUAUUUCUAAGGAUGGAAAUGUAUAGCGGGAGACACUAUAUCUAUGUAUCUAUGUACUCAUUUUUUUCUUCUUCUAAUUUCAUGUGUAAAUGGUGAUGUAUGUUGAUAUAUAUGGUGUUGAUGGCAUGGACAUUUAAUUAGUAUAUAUGGCGAAUAUAUGCUUGAUCUC